GAGGCGGCGCAGGAGCGGCGGGAUUCGGAGGCCUCUCGGAGGCGGUUUUCCAGGCCGGCGCCUGAGGGCGAUAAUCCAGGGGCGCCAUGAGGAGGAGAUCGCUGUGCGGGCGAGUUGAUUUGAAGGGUGCAUGUGACUAACCCAUCUCAGAAUCCCUCACCCGCCCUGGCACUUCAGGAGCCUAGUAGCAUUGGAUUGUCGCUGGUUCCGGACACCCUCAAGGGGCCAUGAGACUAGCAGGUCCCCUUCGUGUUGUUGUGAUCGUCUUGACAGCAGGACUGACCUGGAUCCUUGUCAGCAUCUUGUUGGGUACCCAGAGUGGCUUCUCUCGCCUGCAGCAGUUCCUCAGGAGUCCUGAGAAUCCUCCUACAACAGAACCUAGGCCUAAGAAGUACAAGUGUGGCCUUCCUCGGGCCUGCCCAGACAACUCGUUCGCCUUCCGGAUCAUGAGCGGUGCAGCUAAUGUCAUUGGGCCGAAGAUCUGCCUUGAGGAUAAAAUGCUAAUGAGCAGCGUGAAGAACAAUGUAGGCCGGGGCCUGAACGUUGCACUUGUGAAUGGGGUGAAUGGAGAACUGAUUGAUGCAAAGUUCUUUGACAUGUGGGCAGGAGACGUGAACGAGUUGUUAAAAUUUAUCCGGCCACUGCACGAGGGGACGCUGGUGUUUGUGGCCUCAUACGAUGAUCCUGCCACAAAGAUGAAUGAAGAGACCCGUAAAAUCUUCUCAGAACUGGGCAGCAAGGUUGCCAAAGACCUAGCUUUUCGAGAUAGCUGGGUUUUUGUAGGAGCCAAAGGGGUGCAGAACAAAAGUCCUUUUGAACAGCACGUCAAGAACAAAAAGAGCUCCAACAAGUAUGAGGGUUGGCCUGAAGCACUUGAGAUGGAGGGCUGCAUUCCACAGCGAACUGCUGAGGUCUAGCGUGGACCUGUUUCCUUGAAGCCUGCGGUGUCUUUUUGUGGUGGGGGAAAGGUCCUUGCUUGUCCACCUGUUGUUGUCUUCCCUAUGGUGGCAGCUAUCCAUUCCCCUCUCCAGCAGCCUCUGCCUCAACUAGGCAAUCAAGUUUUCCUUUCCAAAAGGCACGUCUGGCCGAAACCCUGGGAAAAGAAGUGAGGUAUAUGUGAGGCCACACGCAACUCUCCCCUAGUGCCUUAUUUUUCUCUUGGUUGGAAGAGCUCAUCCUACUUCCCCUUUGCCUGUUGCUCUGAAUGUGAUGAGCAGAUUGGUGCCCUCUGCUCAGAGGAAGCAAGUGUAUUUAUGUGACAGUCUUUCUUUUUCCACAGUGAUCUGCUAACAUGGUGGGGAACCUGUGGCCCUUUGGAUGUUGCUGGACUCCAGCUCCCAUGAGCCCCAGUCAGCCCUGCCAGUGGUUAUGGGGUGAUGGGAGUUGUAGUCCCAACUACAUUGGGAGGCCCACAGGUUCCUCAUCCCUGUGUUAAAGGGACCACUACUUUUCUAUAAUAGUUUAUGUGGUUUAAGUUAGUUCUUCCACUACUACAGACACUAAUAUAUAGGAGGAAGGGUGUUAAGGACAAUCCUUUUUAUGGUUUUGGUGAAACUCUUGAAAAAUGUCAAGUUGCUGUUUCCUGAAAGGCAAUGUUGGUACUUAAACUGUGAUGGGAAUUGAAGAGGGAUCACUGUUCAUACAUUGUUGUGGAAAGGAAUCAAAGCUGAGUUUCUUUUUUUCAGAACACUUGUUGAUAAACGGUAUCUCCAAUAAACAAUGUGCACAGCA